UCUCCCUCCCUUCUACAUCACCUUUGACGACCAUAUCCAUGGCCGCAAUCAUCUGUUAGCCCGUGACCUGCUCGACAACCUCAGAUUUGACCUCGCGCCAGGACUGCAUUGAAAUCGGUGACGGUAUCAGAUUAUGCGCCGCCGCUGACUGGCCUAUUAUCAAAAUUUGAAUUACUGUUCGUCCAGUCAAAUAGUCCUUCCAGCCCAGCUCACAGCCUUCUUCAAUGGAGCAAGUCGCUCAGUCAAGGCCGGCCCGAGGUCCAGCAGCCAGUGACGCAAAAGAGAGAUUAGCCGUGGGCACGACACAGGCGACCGCGGUGGACGAUGCGUCCUCCCCACACCAAGCACAGAACGGCCGCGGGGCCACGAAAGAGGUGAACAAGCGCAGCGUAGACUAUAUCGUACGCAGCGGUGUUGCGGGGGGUCUGGCGGGGUGUGCGGCCAAAACCGUUGUCGCGCCCCUCGAUCGGGUCAAGAUUCUCUUUCAGGCCUCGAAUCCGCAAUUUGCAAAAUACACCGGCAGUUGGUUUGGUCUUGUCGCGGCCAUUCGAGACAUCAAACGCCGCGAAGGCCUCCAAGGCCUCUUCAAAGGACACUCUGCGACUCUCCUCCGUAUCUUCCCUUAUGCUGCGAUUAAGUUUCUUGCCUACGAGCAGUACCGGGCGGUGAUGAUCCCGUCGCCCGACAAGGAAACGCCGCUGCGCCGACUCGUCUCCGGGAGUAUGGCGGGCAUCACGUCGGUCUUCUUCACAUACCCGCUAGAGUUGAUCCGAGUGCGAUUAGCGUUCGAGACGAAACGAACCGCUCGCUCUUCCUUCACCGACAUCUUCCGACAGAUCUACAACGAACGGGUGACGCCCCCCUCGACGUCCACCGGGGUAUCUGCGACGCAGGCCCCCAUCACGGCGACGGCCGAGACUGUCUCUGCCGCCGUGAACAAAGCCGUCCCGCACUCGGGACUGGCAAACUUCUACCGCGGCUUCGCCCCGACGCUUCUGGGCAUGCUCCCCUACGCUGGCAUGUCCUUCCUGACUCACGACACCGUCGGCGACUGGCUGCGCUCCCCCUCCCUCGCCCCCUACACCACCAUCCCCAAAUCCGAAUCGACCGCCCAAUCCAAGAAGGGCUCUCGACGACUCCAGCUGACUGCCGCUGCGGAACUCACCUCCGGUGCUCUGGCGGGGCUGGUCUCCCAGACAUCUUCGUACCCGCUGGAGGUUGUCCGGCGCCGGAUGCAGGUCGGAGGCGUCGUCGGGGACGGCCAUCGGCUGGGGAUCGUCGAGACGGCGCGCACCAUUAUGUUGGAGCGAGGCUUCCGAGGCUUCUGGGUCGGUCUGACGAUCGGGUAUAUGAAGAUCGUCCCCAUGACGGCCACCGGGUUCUUUGUCUAUGAACGGUUGAAGUGGUCCCUCGGUAUAUAGCAACAUAUUUUUUUUAUUCUGUCGUUUCUUUUCUAGAUCUUCCGAAAGACUUGGGCGUUAGGGAAGGGGUCGAGAGUUGAGUUGAGUGUUGUCUAUACC